CUAACUUUUGUACAUCAAGUGUGACUGUUUAGAUCUUACUGACUCUUACAUGAAAACUCAGAAAGAUCAAAAUGAUUGAAAACCAUAGCUUACUCCCUUGAAGCAAACCAGCAUUGCAACAAAGCUUCGUACUUGUUGUGGCCCGUAGCUGUUACUGUCAGACACCAGUUACGAAUUUGCCUGUCAAUCAUCUUAACUAACAAGGUGGGAUUCAUAGGCGUGGCCCCAUGACGUCGAUCAUUUCUCUCCCUCCAUACCGAAUGAACCGAGGCUUGCAGAGUAGUCCGCAACAAAAGUCUGGACUUCAUAUCCAGUGUUGUGUCCAUUGUUAGUUGGAGUAGUGCACCCCAUUCCGUAGUGAAGGAAGAACGUAGAAGCCCUUUCAUUAAGAGGGACCACACUUCCGCAGAGAACGCACAGUUGAAGAAAAUGUGAUCACGAGUUUCUAUCGCUUGAUUGCAGAAGAUGCAUAGAGGGUUAAUGCCACUGUUCCAAGCAGCCAUACGAUCACCUGUAGUUAGUCUAUUGUGAGUAGCUAACCAAGUGCAAAAAUCAUAUUUUGGGAUCGCAUGUUGAAACCAAAUCCCGGAAUGCCAUUGGACCUCAGGGUGGACUUACCGAAUGAGGUUCCAGGUUCUUUUUGUAUUGAAAACCUGCCGAUGACUGUCUUCACUGUAUUGCCAUAAGGGGACAUCUGCUCUAUCUGACAUUUUGUGUCUUUGAUUCUCCAAAGCCUCCUCAAACAAGUUAUAGAGAUCAACCCGGUGAGUUCGUUUGCGUCGUGCUAUCGCAGACGCUACUGUAGCUGUGGCUCUAAUACCCAUCUCAAUGCAUCCCCUUGUUCCCACAAAAUCGAUCAAACGUCCCAUGUCUGUCCAAGUGUCAUACCAAAAUGAUGUUGAUAGUCCAUUCUGCACAUUCAUCCGGUGAAAAGCCUUUGCUUUGUCUCUAUACUUCAACAAUUUUCGCCACAUCCAAGAUCCCAAAGAAGUGUUAUCCUUCACAGUCCAGAAAUUUCCAGUCUGAAAUAUAUUGUCCCGGGCCCACUGAACCCAUAAUGAGGAUUGCUGUGAAGUUAGACGCCACACAAGCUUCAAACAGCUGACCAAGUUUACUUCUUUUAGCGGCCUUAAGCCCAAUACAUUCGUAGAACUCAAACUCACUAAAACAUAAACCAAAGCUUUUCAACCAAAUCACAACGUCAAGUCUCUUUGAUCAAAUGGCUUCUUAUGCGAUGUCUCUCCAAUCCAUCUCCACGACAACUCUCAACAAUCUCUCCUGUAACCACAAAUCUCAUCGUAACUCUCUUCUCGGUUUCUCUAAACACUUCAAGACUCUUGGGAUCUCAUCCAACGGUUCGGGUUUCUCCUCUCGUUCAAUUUCCACUCCCGAGAACCUCACUCUGUCCCGAGCUUUCUCCCAGAACGGACAUAUCGAAAAUUCCAGACCAAGUAGAAUUCAAGAACUGAGCGUGUACGAGCUCAACGAACUAGACCGACACAGCCCAAAAAUCCUGAAAAACGUCAUUAGCCUAACGUUCGGUCUCGGAGAUCUCGUCCCGUUCACCAACAAACUCUACACCGGCGACCUCAAGAAGCGCGUGGGAAUCACCGCCGGUCUCUGCGUCGUGAUCGCACACGUCCCGGAGAAGAAAGGUGACCGGUUCGAAGCCACUUACAGCUUCUACUUCGGCGACUACGGUCACUUGUCCGUACAAGGACCGUACAUGACGUACGAAGAUUCGUUCCUCGCCAUCACCGGUGGCACUGGAAUAUUCGAAGGUGCUUACGGACAGGUCAAGCUUCAACAGCUUGUGUAUCCGACAAAACUGUUCUACACUUUUUACCUCAAGGGUCUUGCUGGUGAUUUGCCGGCGGAGCUCACUGGGACUCCGGUUUCUCCAUCCAAGGACGUGAAGCCUGCGCCGGAAGCUAAGACAUUGGAGCCUAGCGGAGUUAUUAGUCACUAUACUAAUUAAAUUCAUUAUGCUUCUUGUGUCUUAGUGUAAUGAAAUAUUCUUUUUAAUAAAGAACUAUAGGCAGUUACAAAUUCA